UCUCCAGCUGAGAGACCACUUCUUUCAGGCUCCGGCAAGUCUGCCGGCCUCUUUGUUUACUGCGCAGUCCCAGGAGCCUACCUAUUUACUCUGUAAACCACACAGCGUUUUAGGUUUGGUUCCAUCAUCUACUGCUGUCACUACUACAGUUAGUUCAAGCACCAUGCUGUUUACUACAAUAUCAAAUGUUUCUGCCUCCACAGCUGCUACGGAGCUCUUAUUUGGUGCUCCAACAACCUCAACUAGAAUACUUGGUGGUAUAACAUUGGAAUUUGGAAUAGAAUUCUCUGGAGUAGGCGAAGCAGCUUCCACAUCUACUACAACUUUCACAACUACUACUACCACUGUUACCACCAACACCAUUACCACAGUUACCAGUGGCCUUAAUCUGAGUGGAAGACCAUUGACAUCAACUGGAAUUAAUAACACUGACCUAGUCAGCAUUUCUUCUGUACCUCUUACCUCUACUGUUAACUCAAUAGUAACUCCUGUGAUGACUUAUAGUCAGCUGGAUGGUCAGAUAAACAAAUGUAGCCUUGAGGAAGAAGAUCAAGAAAACUGCUUUCAAUACCAGGCUACUCAGGGCAAUGCUUGGGAUCAUAAACUGAUUGAGAAUGGUGAGAAGCUCUCUUUAAAGGUUACUGCUUUACAUGAAGAAGUGGAAAAAAUGAAACUAGAGCAAAAAAGGUUGGAACAAGAAUUAAAUUUUAUCCUGUAUCAGAAGAAAGAGCUAGAAGAUCUAGUGACUCCUGCAGAGGAGUCUGUGAAGAACGAGAGUGGGCUUGUUUAUCUGCAGCAUACAGAAGAGAAGGAGAGGAUGCAUGUCGAAAGAAGGUAGAAGAGGUAAAGUUUUUUGAAGAUUGUCUUCUCAAGGAGUGGCAACACAAUAUGAAGAUCUCCUUUAAUUAAAUGACUUAUCUCUAGCAUGCUCUUUUGGGAUUAUUCAUGACCUAUACAUUCUUGUGGUAUUAAUAGAGUAGUAUUUACAGGUACUACUUAAUCUUUGCUUGAAAAAAAGUGUGCAUGCAUUUUUUUCCAUUGAAAUAUUGCACUGUUGCAGAUUAUACUGUAGUGUUACUUUCAGAAUUAAA